AUGGCGUCCUUUAACCCGUUUUCCGUAACGGUACAUGCUGUUCCCGCUCACACUCCCAAUCUCAUCGCCUACCAACGAGGAACGACAACUUCCAAAGAUGCACUGAUCUUCGUCGGAGGUCUAACCGAGGGCCCUCAUACAAAUGCUGCGGUUGGCGCUGUGGCAGGAAAGCUAGAAGGCACGGGUUUUGGGGUGUGGGAGCUGCGGAUGCGAAGCUCCUACACCGGAUUCGGAUACUCGAGCCUUUCCAACGACGUCCAAGACGUUGCUGCGCUGGUUCGAUACCUUCGCAAAAUUGGCAAGGGGAAAAUUGUGCUCUUAGGGGCGUCUACUGGUUGCCAGGACUGUCUCGAAUACACGGAUCACGAAAAAUAUGCUAAUGAGCCAGUCGACGGCUACAUACUCCUCAGCCCAGUGUCGGAUCGCCAGGCUGCUGGUUUGAUUAUGCCACUAGAAGCCUUGAGAAAGAGCAUCGAAUACGCACAAGAUAUGAUUGCACAAGGCAAGCAGAACGAGGCAAUGCCAACACCGCUGAUUCCGGCCAUUUUCUCGUCCCCGAUAACAGCAUAUCGCUGGAACUCGUUGGGUGCUCAAGGGGGCGACGACGACUACUUCUCCUCGGACCUCGACGAUGUCGCGCUCAAAGGGAAGUUUGGACGAAUCGACAAGCCGAUAUUGUUUCUCCCGGGCGAGCAAGAUGAACUGGUACUGCCUUCCGUCGAUAAGAAGAAGCUUCUCGAACGGUGGUGCCAGGCUUGCCCACCAGGGACCGUCAGCGAAUUGUCUGGGCACAUCCCCGAAGCCGAUCACGCAGUGUCUCAACCAGAAGCUCGCGAGUGGGUUGGGGCUACCAUCAAGAACUUUCUCGAGUCACUUGGAUGA